AUGAAGAUAAAUAAAGGAGGCGCCGCGGCCAAGGCUCGCCAGUCGCAGCCGCAUCCUCAACAAGCACACGCCGCCGAUAUGAAAGUGAAACCGGAAAAGUCGGUGGGCAUGAUCGACCCGUCGCUCCUGCUACGUCCGGAGAAAGUGUAUGAUGACAAGCCCCUGGAAGCGUUCCGAGACUACUCCGUGGACGACGAGGACCCCAUCAAGCUGCGCGUGCGCAACACCUACUACACCAUGCACACCAACAUGACCUUUGACUUUGUGAAGAGCAAAAUGGACAAGUGGCUGCAGUUCAACCACUUCAAAUCCACUGUGAAGGAUGCCCUGAUCAAGCUGAACGAUCUGGUGGACGAGUCGGACCCCGACACGGAGCUUCCCAACAUCGUGCACGCCUUCCAGACUGCGGAGCGCAUCCGCCAAGACUAUCCCCACGACGACUGGUUCCACCUCACCGGGCUCAUUCACGACCUCGGCAAGGUGAUGGCGUUCUACGGCGAGCCACAAUGGUGCGUGGUGGGCGACACGUUCCCCGUGGGCUGCAAGUGGGGCAAGAGCAUCGUCUACGGCGACGACAGCUUCAAGCACAACCCCGACACCUACAACCCUAAAUAUAACACGGACUGCGGCGUCUACGAGCCGAAUUGCGGCAUCGAGAGCCUAACGAUGUCCUGGGGGCAUGACGAGUACCUGUACCGGGUAUUGGUCCACAAUAAGUCCACGCUGCCAAAGGAGGCGCUCUACAUGAUAAGGUACCACUCGUUCUACCCGUGGCACGCGGGCGGCGACUACAGCCAGCUCAUCACUGACAAGGACGACUACAUCAAGGAGGCCGUGCUCAAGUUCAACCAAUACGACCUGUACACGAAGAGCGCCGGUGUGCCCGACAUCGAAGCGCUGUGGCCCUACUACGAGCGCCUCAUCGACAAGUACACCCCCGGCCUCCUCGAGUGG